GCACCGUUGACAAUAUAACUCCGCCUCCCUACUAAAGUGUCAUCACUUCUUCCUCUGUCAUUUAUCUCAACUCCAGAGAGCAAUGAUUUCAGAGGUACAACUAAAAGUCCAGAAGAAAAAGCUCCCAGCGAUACUAUCUUCUACAGAAGAGGAUGAAGAGCCGAACAAGGCACAACAUGAUGAUGAAGAUGAAGGUGAAGAAGAUGAUUCCCCCUCCUCCUCCGCCUCCUCCUUGUCCCCGCGGCGGCGUGAGAAUAUUCCGAGCCACAUUCCAACGCCGCCGUGGAAUAAGCAGAUAACAGUGAGGGGAGUGAUCGCAAGCGCCGUAAUAGGAAGCAUUUUCAGCGUGAUAGCUAUGAAGCUCGACCUCACCACCGGAAUCACCCCGAACUUCAACAUCUCCGCCGCUCUUCUCGGUUUCAUCUUCAUCCGAACCUGGACGAAGCUUCUCCGCAGGCUCGGGGUAUCGUCCACACCGUUCACCCGCCAGGAAAACACCAUGAUCCAAACGUGCGCCGUCGCCUGCUACAGCAUUGCAGUCGGAGGCCGGUUAAUAUACAUUUUCUGCAUUCUUAUUAUCAGGUUGAUCUUUUAAAAUAGAAUCUUUCAGUUUGGUUUGACUCUUGUGGGUUGUGAUCAAAAUUUUCAGGUGGGCUGGGAUCUUACUUGUUGGGGAUGGACAAGAAAACGUAUGAGCUUGCUGGAGUUGAAACAGAGGGAAACAAUCCGAGCAGUUAUAAGAAGCUGGAGAUGGGGUGGAUGACCGGUUACGAACUUGUAGUUUGCUUUAUUGGCCUUUUUGUACUGAUCCCUCUCCGUAAGAUUCUGAUUAUCGAUUACAAAUUGACAUUUCCAACUGGGAUGGCAACGGCAGUUCUAAUCAAUGGGUUCCAUGCCAAGAGUGAUAAAGUGGGAAGAAAACAGGUCAAGGGGUUCUUGAAGUUUUUUUCUUACAGUUUUAUAUGGGCUUUCUUUCAGUGGUUUUACACUGGGAAAGGAGAUUGUGGUUUCUCACAGUUUCCAACUUUUGGGUUAAAUGCCUGGAAGCAUACAUUCUUCUUUGACUUCAGUUUGACUUAUGUGGGAACUGGGAUGAUCUGCCCCCAUAUUGUGAAUUUAUCUCUGCUUCUUGGUGCUGUCAUUUCAUGGGGAGUGCUAUGGCCUAUUGUGGCAAGGUUGAAAGGAGAUUGGUUUCCUGCAAAUAUCCCAGAAACCAGUAUGAAAAGCCUUAAUGGCUACAAGGUCUUUAUCUCCAUUUCCCUCCUCUUAGGCGAUGGCCUUUACAACUUCAUCAAGAUAUUAUGUUUCACCCUCUUUAGCAUUCUUCAAAGGUUCAAAGAAAGAAACGUCGUUCUACGUCCGGAUUGGAGUACAGGCAGUGGCGAUGAGCUAAGAAAGGAUGAGUUAUUCAUUAGAGAAAGCAUCCCAAUGUGGGUUGGAGGAGUUGGGUACUUGUCAUUGGCCAUUGUCGCAGUGGUUGCUAUACCUAUGAUCUUCCCUGAAGUAAAAUGGUAUUGGAUAAUCAUUGCCUAUGCAUUUGCCCCUUCUCUGGCUUUCUGCAACGCGUAUGGUGCUGGAUUAACGGAUAUCAACAUGGCCUACAACUACGGUAAACUUGGGCUGUUCAUGAUGGCUGCAUUAGCCGGGAAAGAGCAUGGUGGUGUGCUGGCAGGUCUAGCAGGAUGCGGGAUAGUCAAGUCUCUAGCAAAUGUUUCCUGCAAUCUAAUGAUAGACCUGAAAACGGGCCAUCUCACCCUCACCUCUCCUAGAGCCAUGUUAGUCAGUCAGGGAAUCGGGACCCUCAUCGGCUGCGUGGUGGCACCACUCAGCUUCUUCCUCUUUUACAACGCUUUUGAUAUCGGAAACCCGAACGGAGAGUUCAAGGCUCCAUAUGCCCUCAUCUACCGAAACAUGGCUGUUCUCAGUGUGGAAGGCUUUUCAGCUUUGCCUGCGCACUGCUUGCAGCUGUGCUACGGGUUUUUCGGGUUUGCGGUUUUGGUCAACUUGAUCAAGGAUCUUUCCCCACGAGGGAUCGGGAGAUGGAUGCCGUUGCCGAUGGCAAUGGCAGUGCCAUUCCUCAUUGGAGGGUACUUUGCCAUCGAUAUGUGCAUUGGGAGCGCUGUUGUGUUUGUGUGGCAUAAACUCAAUGCCAAGAAGGCUGAGGUCAUGGUUCCAGCAGUUGCUUCAGGGAUGAUAUGUGGAGAGGGCAUGUGGAUUCUUCCUGCUUCCAUCCUCGCUUUGGCGAAAAUUUCUCCCCCGAUUUGCAUGAAGUUCUUCAGCUCUUGAGCAUCAAUCCCUUGUUCUGUUAGUCAUUAAGAUACUCUCAUUUGCGGAACAAUGAAAUACUGCGCAACUUCAAAGGUAUAGAAGAACAAGUGAUGUUUGGCGUACAACUAAGUUGGUUAACAUACUUGUACAACAAGACUUUUGUAAAUACAGACAGUAUUUUGAGCAUACAAUUUUAUGUCUGUGAUGAAAACAAAACGAAUUCAAAAAACUAUCUUUGCA